UCCUUGCGCUCGUUCCUCCGUUGUUGGUAGUAUCGCCCAUCGCUCUUGAUAGAACCCAAGAACUAAGGGCGGAGACCGCUAGCCUCGGAAGAAUCCUGCGGGGCGGUUCUGGGACCUGCCUUGUGCUAUUAAGUCUCUUGUUUUAUUUGGAUGGCACCCCUCUGAACCCUUGAAAGGUUCACUUGCGUGGCGGACACAUUGCGGAGACAGCCAGCCUGGCUUGGUGAUGGCAUUGGGCUAUCCGAUCGACAUCCAUCCAACGGUGUCUCCUGUCGCAUGGGAUCAGUGGAGUAUCUAAAUAUACUCACCACCCCUUCUCGCCAUCAUCUUCUUGGUAGCAUAUUGAUGUGCCCAUUGUUUGUGCAUCAAUUGCAAGAUCCCGCUCUCUGGAGCUAUGCCCGCGGUCGUCGAAAGUACGACUUCGACUCCGAAUUCUGGAAGCUUGGCCAUGGAGAGCUCAAAUACGUCGAGUGCGGACAAGAAGCGCAACAAGCUUGGAUAUCAUCGGACUUCAGUCGCAUGUGUGCACUGCCGACGAAGGAAGAUCCGUUGCUUAGUCGCAGCUGACGACGCGCAAGGACGAUGUGAGAAUUGUAUCCGACUGAGGAAGGAGUGCCACUUCUUCCCGGUUGACCAGCAGCCUCCCGUGGAGAAGAGAUCUCGACCUGGAUCGAAGCUGGAAACUCCUGCCAGCGAACCCUCUCAGACGUCGCCCUCACCACAGUUUCCAGGCGCCGUUGCUACGGAGCAAGGGGAGAACUUCUACCCAUAUCCCCCGAUGCCCUUGACUUCCGGGCAGGAUAUGGCCGCAUUCAACGCUCCAUCUUUUGCUGGAACCCCCGUGUCGUCCUUUAGCCCAGAUGCAUCUAUCGCGCCUGAAUUCGCUGCCACCCAGCCGCUCGACCCGUCCGUACCUUGGGAGGAACUCACGACCAUAUCGGACCCGAAUCUCCUGGCGAGUAUGGCGGGCAAGCCUCAGAUGGCCAGUCCUUCCCCCGUUUACUUCGCUCCGGGAGGAGCUGCAGUCGCCCCUCCCUUGGCGAGUAACUCCCCGAUGCCCGCGCCAACAGUUCCAGGACAGCCGCAUAUCAUCAGCUCCAGCCCAGCGUUUACUAUACAGCCUGAUGGCUCAGUCUGGCCGAUGCAGCCUGCGCGCUCCAUGACCCUUUCCGCACCGACGGAGUUGCCGUCGCAGUACCCGAAUCACUUUCCUCAGCAGAUGCAUCCUGACUUCAAACGCCGGAUGACGAGCCCCGUGCAGCCGAUGGGACAGAUGGCUGGGAGCCCGAUGCACAAUACCCCCAGUCCUUCGCUUUCCGAAAUGCAGGCAGCACAAAUCCCGGUGACUUACGCCAACCAGCAAGCAGUGAUGGGAUUUCAGACCUGGCACAGUAUGCCUGGGGUUGCCGGAGCAAACUACACCAUGUAUCCAGCCGAACCACUUCAGACGGACUUCAGUGGGCAAGCCAUGGGACAUCCCGGUCAGCGACAUUCUCCGCCGCCCUAGGCGUCGGCCAAACAAUCUGUCUGGUCUCCAUUCUUGGUCGUAUUG